AUGCGCGAGACCACGCAUGCGGAGGGCGUGCUUUCCGUCGCUGCAGUGUCCACGGGCUCAUCGAGAUCGGGGCCGCUGCCGGUGGCGCGCCGUCUCCGGCCUCCGAAGGGCGACCCGGCGGCGCGGCGGGCGCGCCGCCUCCGCGAGGGUCGCGCGAAGGCCCGCAGGGCGAAGCGCGCGGUCUCGGCGCGGGGCGCGACUUCGGGGCCGCUCCUGCUCAAGAGGGGCCCGCGACAGCUCAGCGUCCUAGAGCGGGCUUCUGUGCAGCCCGGGGUCGCAGCCUCGCACGGGACGAGCUGCGCAGAGUUCACCACGCGGGCCGCGCGCGAGAAGUCCCAGCUCGGCACGGACGAGCAGAUCGACGCAGCGGCCGUCGAUUACCUCGACUCGCUCUACUUCCGGAGCCACGAGGCGGCCUCCGGUGAUCGCCUCCUGGCGGCCAUCAAGUUCAUGAGGAGCGGGGGCCCGCGGCCGCUUGCCCUCCCGCCCCCGCGGACGAGGGGGGCUCUGAAGGGCUUCCGCAAUGCGGCCCCCGGCGCCUCUCGCGUCGGGUUGCCCCGGGAAUGGGCCGCAGUCAUACCGGGGGCCUUGGAGGCCGCCGAGCGCAAGGGCCACCGCCGCCCGCGCCUGGUGGCGCGGCCGGAGGAGAGAGGCCAGCCUCGCCAGACGGGGAGCUUCGACGACGCCGUCACAGUCGAGGACCUCGCCGUGCACCUGCCGCCCCACCUGGCGCAGUUGGCGAAAAGACGGACGCGUUUUCAGAAGGCCGCGGGCCUCGUCGGGCUGGGGGCCGGGCAGCUCUGCGCGCACCAGGCGAGGCACGGGGGGGCCUCGAGGGAUGCCAUGCUGAAGAGGCGCGACCUCUCCGAGAUCCAGGAGUAG